CCACCCCAAGGACUCUACGCUUUUCAAAACGUCACAUCUCUCGGUGCUUGCCUCGACCACAAACAGAACAAGCUAGGAAAUGUAGAUUUCUGUACAGAAAAGGGCUGCCGCUUCUUUGACGUAUUGAAAAGAAAUUAAAGAAGUUAAUAUGUAUGCCUUUUCUUGGGACCAGCCGAAUCUCAUUUCUUGGUCUCGCGGGAAAGACAGAAACACCAGGACGUCUUGAAAAGAAUAGCCAUAGUUAUUGCCACACAAUUGGCAACGGUUCAUACGGUAACACCUCAACCAUAUUAUUCUUUAUCGUUAGACAAAGGCAUUUUGCCGAUAAUAAUCUCUCUUCGCGAUUCAUUUGUAAAUUUAAUUACAUCGUCUCCAUAGCAAAGAGGGGCAACAAUAUCUUAUCACUUUGUAGAAGCUUGUCGCAUGGCAGUGUAAACAUGGUCAGGACAAGACAACCAUGGAAGGCAUGGAAGACAAGGACAUUGCAACAUUUAAGCUUCUUCUCCAUACUUUUGCAAAGAUGAUAUCGAUUCCCGGAGUUCAUAAAAUGAAACAUGAACUCAAGGGACAUCUCAGUAAGGAUAUUCUACGUCAAGUGAACACGGGUAAAGACUUGGUUGGCUUACUUUAUAACAAUGGUUUCUUGAACGACAACAAAUUGAUGUUUUUUAAAAAAAUUCUGCGUAAUGCAUCACUCCAUGAGUUAGAGGACAUAUUAACAGAAUACGUGGCCAGAAAAAGGGAGAGCAGUGACUUUAUGACCGAAGGAUCAAAACAAUCUGUUGAUAACAGAACUCAGAAUCGACUAGAUGCACUAGAGAAGACGAUACAAAGACAAUUCGUUGCCAUCAACUACAAACAAGAACAGCUUUUUUGCGAAAAUGACGAACUUUCUAGAAAAAGUGUUGCUUUUGACGUCAUCAAUUGCCGUUUAGGCGCAGAGGAAGAAUUACUGCUGGAAAUUUUGGCAAGAAAGAAGAUAAAAGAGAAGGAUUUAAAGAAGUAUGAAAUUCACACUAACGAUGUUUUGGUGCUUAUUUCUGAAAAUGAAAGUCAUCGAUCAAAGCUGAUUGAGGAAAUUGCGGUCAAGGAGGCGGAGUUGAAAAAUCUAGAAAGGGAUUUAAAGAAAGAGAAAGAUAACCGCAAAAAUAGUAUAAUUAGCAUGGUCCUGAGUGAGACAAACAUUGAGAAAUUGUCGCAGGUCAUCACAAAACUUAGGAAAGACAUUUUAAAUGUAGCAAAAGAACGAGAGAGAUUGGAAUACAAACUGCAACAUAUCGAGACAAGACGAGAGAGACAUAAAGAUACACUUAGGAUAAUCAAUCUUGAGCGAAUUGCCAAAGUUAAGGAUAUCUCUGAGAUGGAAAAGAAACUGAUUGAAGCAAAAGAGAGCUAUCUAGACCAGGCAAGGAAAGUGGGUAGCCUAGAGUUAGAGGUAAUGGAGCUCAUGCAUUCGAUGGAAGGAAACGAGGCAGAGGCAAAAGAAACUAAAGACCGCGGGUUGCAAUGUCAGUCAGAAUUCUUAAUGAUGGCAUUUAGGAAUAUUAAUCAAAGAAUAGAGGCAAAAGAAUUUCAUGUAAGUAUGAUCUAUUUAUUUCAAUCAGUGAAGUGCUGUAGGAAUGAUAAAAAUCAUUUAGGGGCAUGGUCGUUUGGAAACAAAAGGAAGAUAGGGGUUGCUAAUUCGUGACAAAGGAUUCUCGUUGCUCCACUCUCCACGCUUUUCGCAAGCGCCCUUCUGUUCAAGGCUAUAAAAAAUUAUUUGAAUUCUCUCCAUUCACUUCUAAUCCCCGCAUGACUCAACGUAUUUACAACAUCAAGUGUUUCAUUUUUUUUAUUGUACUACACACUCAGGGGGGUCAACUAAGCCUAGUUUUGGACGGGACGUGCCAUUUUGUUCAAAAUUUGGACCCAAAAUUCCACACAUUUCAGAAAAAAAUGGGCACCCGUAAUUCUGCAAACAUGAUGAAAACUUUACCCAUAAUUCCACAACACUGCAUAAUCAGCAAACAAAUUUUGAAUGUUCUUUGCCCCAAAAUCUC